AUAUUCGUGUUUGAUAUAUUUUGACAGCCCUAUUAGGAGCAAACAGAAGACUAAUUGUGUCCAAAUACUCUCACAUUUCCAGCAUAUUGAGCUAAAGACAAGACUGUAAACGUGGAAAAGCGAGCCAGGGCAUCGGACUUGCAGCAGCGCAGUAAAAAUGAGCUCACGGAAGCGGAGCGGCAGCGGUUCCACCAAGCGGCCCAAGGAAAAGGUGGUGUACAUCUAUGAAUUGUUGUGCCGCGGCGAAGAUCCCAGCAGUGACAGUCCGGAGUUCUGGAAUGAGUUCUUCCUCCUGCAACCUAAUUUCGAGGCCCUGGAGACCGAGAUCGGAAAGCUAAAUGGGGAACAGCUGCAGGUUGUCAAGCCUAAUCUGAACACACUCUUUCAGAAGUGCAUCGAAAUGCUAGACACGGAUCAUCCCAAACGAUUGUGCAACAGUCUCCACACAUUAUGCUCCCUGUUUUAUGGCAUCUUCAAAAAGUCCAACACGGACCCCACGUUAAACAUCCUCAACGAAAUGUUCGGCCAUGAAAAAAUGGACGAAUGGCUUAAACUGCUGAUGCAGUACUGCAACCGAAUUCUGUUGGGAGAUGUGCCGGAGAAUGCUCGCUUUAUGUGCCUGAAGCUGCUGCAAGUCCUGGUCACCGGCACUGACAAUGUUAAGCAGAAUGCACUAUUCGAGCACCUGAUGAUGCACAGUAUGUUUGAUGCCUUUGUACGCCUGCUCAGCGAUCCCACGUUUCGUUCUCAACACGGCCAUGAUAUAGUUAUCCUUUUAACAAUUCUGGUGAACUAUCGCAAACACGAAGCUACAAAUCCCUACGUGGUUCAGUUGUCCAUAUUGGCAGAUGAGCUAGCUUUGAAUGGUUAUGGACAAAUGAUUUCACAGUCACUCAUUGAUUUCUGCCGCCAAUAUAUCCAGAGCCUUAACAACGUGCAGUCAUCCUCCUGGUUCUCAUCACUCUCGAAUAUCGUGGGAAACAUGUUUGUGUCGGACGAGGGAUGCGAAAGAGUACAACAAAUCAAAGCCAAUAAUGGCCUGCUACUGGCGCUUUAUGAAGCCGUGCAUCUGAACCGGAACUUCAUAACCACUCUGGCACACACACAGGCCGAGUCAAGCGCCCCGCCAUCGCCAAGCAACACCCUAAGUCUAGCACAGCCCGUUCCUGAUCUAUCAAAUGCUCCGAUUAUCGACAUAACACAGUAUCCAACAAACCUUCUUGUGGCCGUCUUUCAGUAUUGCUCCAUCGUGAUGCAGGACAACAAGAAUGAAUCGAGUAUCGCUAAUCUGAAGCUAUGCUUUCUUAUACUGACAUGCAUUUCGGAGGACCAGUACGCCAACUCAAUGAUGCACGACAGCAAUCUGACAUUCAAGGUGAUGUUGCACAGAGCGCAAAUGCGUCAUCGCAAACUGAACGUCGAUCGAGUGGGCAAAUCACAGCCGUUGGCUGCUACUCUACUUGACCUUUUGGUAGAGUUUAUUGUCUCCCAUCUGAUGAAAAAGUUUCCAAUGGAACUGUACCUUCUUUGCAUCGGUGUAAUUCAUAGAAUUCUGUGCUACCAGAAAAGGUGUCGAGUGCGGCUCAACUAUCCGUGGAAGGAGCUCUGGUCGGCGUUGAUUGGAUUGCUUCGCUUUUUGGUCAAUCAGGAACAAAAUCUGGUCAAGAAGUGCAAUAUAUUCCAUUUGUCGCUGCAAGUGGUGAACAUCUUCAACCUGUUCAUCACCUAUGGAGACACUUUCCUGGCCACCACCAAUAGCUACGAUGAGCUGUACUACGAACUCAAUCGGGAGGAAAAAGUAUUUACGGAAAUACAUGCCAUGGUUCUUCGGUAUACAACGAUGCCCGAGUGCGAGUACAAAGAUGAUGUGAUCAAGCUGCUGAAUGCCCUUGUGAAUAUACUUGCCAUUGUGAAACAUUUCCAGAACAAGAUCAAGGAGUGGCUGGCCGAGCAAGGACUAUCAACGCCGACGGAGGAGCAAAUACUCGAUGUGGUGCGCAAGAACUAUGACCUUACGCUUAAACUGCAAGACUCUCUCGAUCAGUACGAACGCUAUUCCGAGACCCCAUUGCACACCAACUUUUUUAAAGCGAUGGUCCGGGAUGUGGUCAACGAUACCCGGAAGCACAUCUACGGCUAUGUGAAGGAGGCCGUCUCCGUCAUUCCCGAUCAGGAGAUGCUCCUCUCCACCAUGAACAGCGCCUCGGCAUCAGCGGCAGCCACAACGGCAGUGACAGUUCCAACAGCAGCCACGCCUGCCACGUUAUAAAUAUCGACCUCGACAGACUACUAGACUGUUUAAUUGUUUCCUUUUGCUUAGUUUUUUAGUCGUAUUUUAAAUAAUCAAAUCUCUAGAAGCGUAAACUCGAUGUAAUCUGUAAGAUUUAAAGUGCUUUGCGAGUCUUUGUUAGCUUUCGUGGUGAAGCAGUGCACUUAUACCUAAAUAUAUACAUAUAUAUUCUGUGCAAGUUUUU